UCUUAAACAUACUCGACUGUAUGAGCUCGUGUUCUCUCAAGCUGCUCUGGUAUCUACUCGUCAUCCUAGCUGGUUUUUGUUUUUUCAACGGAAAAAUCGCGCGGCGUGUGUUUAGUUGUCCUGAUGUAGCUAACCUAAACUUUCUGUGGUACAUACUAGCAAGAUAUAAACGAACACAGCAGGUCUUUUGGAAGAAAAACCCUCAAAAUUUCACAAUGAGUGACGAUGCGGACUCCCCUCCUGAGAGGGAAAUGAAGGAUUUUCAGUUUCGUCAGAUGAAGAAAGUCAGAGUGUUUGACCCCACCGAAGAUUUGCCAAAAGACAGAUCCAGCCUCCUUGCCAUCUCAAAUAAAUAUGGCUUAACUUUUGUGGGGCUUGACAGAACUCUCAAGGUGUACUUAACUCGAGAUAUUCUGGCUGCUGAUAAAGGUGAUGGCAACUCCAACGAAAUAGUCAAAGGAAUACCAGCACUGACUGAAGUGACCGUGGAACUAAUUUUGCACCACGUGGCUCUCAGUUGUGAUGAGCUCACACUGUCCAUGUGUGGCAUGUCUGAGGAAGCUGGCUUGUCACUCACAUUCUAUGAUGUCCGCACGUUCAUGAACAAGGGAAAACUACAGAAGCUACCAUUUGCAUCGCACCAGCCAGCUGUAGCAGCUGACGUCUUAGUGCAGGACCUGAAGUGGAAUCCUGCGCAGGUGUCUGUGUUGGCUGUCUGCCUCUCUGAUGGCACUAUAAUGAUUUUGGAUGUUACUGACAGUAUCAAUGUGCAGGCCAGGCUGCCUUCUUCAAGUGGAAUUACCUGCAUUUGCUGGAGUCCAAAGGGAAAGCAAGUUGCAGCUGGAAAAAUGGAUGGUACAAUCACACAAUAUACACCAGGACUGGAGGAAAAGAAAGUUAUCCCAUGUCCACAGUUCUUCACCCCUGGCGAAACUGUAAAAGCUGUGGAUGUGCUGUGGCUGAAAACCUAUGUGUUUGCAGUAGCAUAUGCUGCUGGAGAUGGCUCACUUGAGACCCCCCCUGAGCUAGUGUUGAUCUCACUCCCUAAGAAGGAUGAGAAAGUGGAGCCAAAGUUUCUGAACUUUGGUGAAUUUGUUUUUGGAAGCUGUACGGAGCGUCAGCACCACUACUUCCUCAGUCACGUAGAGGACUGGGACCUUGUGUUUGCAGCAUCAGCAGCUUCCAUUGAGGUCAGCGUCAUUGCCAGACAAGAUGAUAAGAUGUGGGAAGUUUGGCAACUAGAAGAUUCGAGCAGGGCUGAGCUUCGAGUGACUGAAACAAAUGAAGACACUUUGCCCCUUGGCUUAGCUAUAGACUACACCAGCCAGCAGGAAAUCCACAUAACUGAUGAGAAGACCUUGCCCCCAGCGCCCACAAUGCUAAUGCUUUCCACAGAGGGAUUACUUUGUCCAUUUGCUCUACUCAACCUCAAUCCAGGGGUUAAGCAGCUAGUCGUGGCUCCUUCUAACCUGGCCUUGGAAGGGGAAAGACUUCCCAAACCUGGCUCUUUAGCAACCCAACCACCCAAAAUUGCUGCCUCAAUCCCAUCUGCCCCAGCAGCAUUUCCAAGCCUUGGUCUUACUCCAGCAGCUGCUUCCAGUUCUCCAUCCCCUGCUACUUCUUCUGCCGCUGCACCAUUCAGCAUUGUUCCAAAAGCUCCUGUGUCAUCAGCAGCAUCAGGCUUCACUUUCUCCAUCCCAACUACUUGCUCCACUUCAGGCCCUUCAGCUUUCUCCCUGGGGGGUUCUGCACCUUUUGGCUCAGGGUCAUCCGGCUUCUCUUUUGCUUCGAAGCCUCCCUCUGACACUCCCUCUGCACUUUCAGCUUUUUCUUUCAACAACCUUUCUGUCAAACCAUCAGCAGCACCAGCUCUAACUCCUCAGAGUCUUGCUAAACCAUCAGCAGCACCAGCUCUAACUCCUCAGAGUCUUGCCACCCCUGCGUCCCAGUCUGCAGUGAAGCUGAAUCUAAAUGACAGAUUUUCAACAGUGGAGACUACACAACCUCCUUUCUCCUUUAACUCCCCACUGUCCAAAACGGUUGCCACGACUUCCAGUAGUUUAACUGCCCCUCCUUCUUUAGCCAGCAAACCACCAGCUAUUUUAGCUCCAGUGCAUCCAGUUCAAACCAGUGUCUCUCCAGCAGUUGUCCAGAAACCUUCUCCUGCUGUCCAGACCCGUACCCAGGCUCCACAGCAGGCCGGUGUCAGUGUGAAGGCCCUGGAGAAACAGCUACAGCAAAGGAAAGACUCUGAUCCCAUCAUGGCUGGCAUAUUGGAGGAGAUCGCGCACUUCCAGAAGGAAUUGGAUGACCUUAAGGCACGAAGUGCAAAAGCUGACUUUAAGGUUGGUGCUGAUGAGGAAAUGAAGGAGUUGAGGAAAGAGUCGGAAGACCUCCAUAUUUUCACCCUGGAAAUCAAGGAAACUACAGAGUCACUCCAUGGUGACAUUGGCACACUGAAAACUUCGCUACUGGAAGGCUUUGCUGGGGCAGAAGAAGCCAAGACCCAGAGUGAACUGAGCAAAGACAGAAAUUACAGACAGCUACUUUACAAAAAGCCUCUGGACCCACGCAGUGAGGAACAGCUCAAGGAGAUUCGAAGGCUAUACCAGUAUGUUAUGUUCACUGUGGAGGAUGUUAAUGAUGUCUUGGAUGUGGAAUGGGAGAAACACUUGGAGAAGAAGAAAAAGCAGAAACACAUGGUUGUGCCUGGACGUGAGGGUCUGUUCACUACACUGUCCAACAAUCUGUACAUCAUCAACCAGCAGAAGAACAGACUGGACCAGCUGGUUAAGGAGCUCAAUUCACUACGCCUCUACAGCAAAACAACCACUCCUGCUAGAAGUCCUGUGACAGCAACGACAGCUAGUUUGGAAAAUGACCUUGAGACUUUAAGAGAUGCUCUCCUGAAAACCAGGCUGGACCCUACCCCUUCUAAGACCAAAUCUCCAGCCGUCAAGAUAUCACCAGUUAAACAGUCCCAGCUGCGCAACUUUCUCUCAAAGGGACAGAUGCCUCCUGUCCGCUCAACUGCACCAGCCAACCUAUCUCGCUCAGCCUUCCUUUCACCUAAAUACUACGAGGACUUGGAUGACGCGAGUUCAACAUCUUCCCUGUCCCAGUCCCUGGAGCCUCACCCGCCUCACUUGGAGCAGGAAGAAGAGGAGCUGCAGACACGGCCCCCUCCCAUGUCCUCCAUACCUCCAACAUUGUCCACCCCCCGCCACCCUACCGUUGUGAGGACCCCCUCUAUCCAGCCGGGCUUCGGAGCCAUCCAGUCCACCCCUUUAUCUAAAAUUCAGUCAGGACAGGGUAUGGGCUUUGGACUCAGCCCUAUUGCCAGCCCCAUUCCAACAAAUAAGAUCAACCUCAGCGGGGCUGAGAGCACGGCUCUCGCCACAAAGACAGUCAAGCAUGGAGCUCCACCAACCGAGAGGACCACACCCAUCACCAUCUCUGCCCAGCAGGCUGCAGCCAAUGCUGCUUUACGAAGACAGAUGGCCAGUCAGUUGGCUGUGAAUUGCUCUAAUAUGCCAGCUGUGAUCAAUACUUCACUGACAGAGUCCACCUUGAAGACUGUUCCUCAGGUGGUCAAUGUUCAGGAGUUCAAGGACAAGGGGACUCCUGUGGUGGUUCCUUCCAACAUCAGCUCCUCGGUACCAGAUCCAGGAUCUCAGGUCUUUGCAACAGUUUCUUCCAGUCAGGCCAAACGGAAUCCUGUCCAGGGUGUCCAAAAAAUGCCUGCAGAGACUACAACCAUCCCACAGAGCAGUUUUGUUUUUGGUCAGCCGUCCAAAACUGAUGCUUCUGUUGCUACUCCUAGCUCAGCUGAGCAAACCAGCAGCAAGGGUUUUUCUUUCAAUUCAGUGUCCUCAAGCUUCAGUUUUGCUUCAGUUACACCAGGAGCUGGAAUGCCACAAGUGAAAGAUGCAAGGAAAUUCUCUUUUGGUGGAAAUGGUAAGAUGGUGUUUGGCCAGGCUGGAGAAGAGUCAUUCUCCUUUACCUCAAAGUCCACCUCCCCUGGUCUUGGCACUGGGUCUCCCACUUUGGCUCCAAACGCAACAGUUGAAGGUGCUAAACCCACCUCGUCCACAGCCACUCUGAGGAUAGAGCCACAGCCUCCAAAGACAGCUGGUGGCGAGACUCUGGGCAUUUUUUCUGGACUAAGGGUGGGCCAAGGAGAAGAAGCUAAAGAUUCCUCCACCAAACCUGCUGUGGCAGGAUUUACAUUUGCGGACACUGGACUUGGCAAGGGCAAGGGAGCGACACAGUUUAGUUUUGGAACAGGUCUUCCAAAAUCUGGAGAAGAUUCUUCAGCACCAGACUUGUCCGAAGGGACCCCGUCAGGCAGUCUGUUUAAGCCUCCUGAAUCAAACACCAAGCCAGCCUUCUCCAUUCCACAGUCUAGCUCAGCCAGCUCAGCUUUCGCCUCAUCUUUCAGUAGUCUUCUUGCAGCUGCACCAGAGACGCAAGAAGAACCAAAAGCUGUUCCUCAGUCUUCAGUACCUGCUUCGCCCCCUAUAAAAGAACCUCCCACCAGUGAACCUGAAGUAGAGAGCACCAGUCGUCCUGUGAUACCUGAACCUGCAGCACCUGCAACCACUCAGACCCCUGCAGUAUCAACACCUGCUCCUGCUUUGGCCGCACCUAACCCUACCCCAGACCCUCCCUCGACUUUCACUGCACCAAAAGAAGUAAACCCUCCAGCACCAUCCAGUGCCCUGUCCACAACAGAAACCACCCCAGAGCCAUCUACCACUGCUACUGUACCCUCUUCAACUGCUGCCACCGCAGCACCUGUAUCUCAGGCAGCACCUGUAUCUCAGGCAGCUCCACCAGCAUUCCAGAUCCCCACAUCUGACAAGCCAGGCUCCAUUUUUACUCAGCCCGCUCCUGCAACUACAGACAGUAGUUCUGUCGGAGUCACACCAGUUAUCAACACAGCUGCCCCAGUUGCAGCUACUCAAACCUCUACCGUUGUUAGUAGUGCAACAGUGACUGCUGUGAAUAAUGUGUUUGGGCAACCUGCUGCACCUCCAGCUUCCUCUGCACCAGCAUCAACAGGAUUCAGCUCAGCUGGGUUUGGUACAUCGACUGGUUUUGGAAAAUCUGUGUUUGGCCAGGUUAGUGGCUUCGGCCAGCCUGCAAGCAACACUGGAACAUCGAGUGGAUUUACUUUUGGACAGUCUGCAUUUGGAGCGACUUCUAGUAGUGCAACUACUGGCGGAAGUCUUUUCGGUGCUUCUACUGCUACCAAUGCAAGUUCUUUCUCCUUCGGGACGAGCGGUGCUAACACAGUAAGCAGCACUGGCACUGGGCUGUUUGCACAAAGCACAAACCAGGCUUUUGGCCAAAGCUCUGGAUUUGGACAGGGAUCUGUGUUUGGGAGUAACACCACCACAUCCUCAUCUUCAGGAUUCAGCUUUGGACAACAGUCAGGUUUUGGCUGCUCUUCUGCCAACCCGGUGUUCGGCCAGCAGUCUAGCAGUGGCAGUGGAUUUGGACAGCAGCAGCCGUCAUCUGGGAGUCUCUUUGGUUCCAGUUCAGCCAAUACAGCAGUCUCAUCUGGGAGUCUCUUUGGUUCAAGUUCAGCCAAUACAGCAGUCUCAUCUGGUGGUGGAGGAUUUUUCAGCGGCCUAGGAGGCAAACCAAGCGAGGACGCUGCCAACAAGAAUCCAUUUGGCACCACCUCCUCCACUGGAGUGUUUGGACAGUCUGGUCAGACAGGUACCAACAGUCUCUUUGGUAAUAGUGGUGCCAAGACCUUCAGCUUUGGACAGUCCUCCUUUGGGGAGCAGAAACCUACAGGGACCUUCAGCACUAGUGCUGGAAGUGUGGCAUCCCAGGGCUUUGGCUCAUUCUCUACACCAUCAAAACCAGGUGGCUUUGGCAGUGCUCCGGUGUUUGGGAGUCCUCCUUCUUUUGGGGGUUCCCCAGCAUUUGGUGCUGGAGCAUCUUUUGGCUCAAGCCCUUCAUUCAGCAGCCCCAUUGGAUCAUCGGCUGGCAAAGUGUUCGGAGAGGGCACAGCGGCUGCCAACAUGGGAGGAUUUGGUAUCACAACCUCAGCACCUGCUCCGGUUUUCAGGUUUGCCCCACCUCCUAGCACUCCGUCCUUUGGUGCGCUAGCCGGUCAGAGCGCUCCAUCAUUCGGGAGCCUGGCCCAGCAGGGACCUGGGUUUGGAAGUCAGCCCAGCAGCUUUUCAGGUUUUGGACAACAGCCACAGCCAGGAGGAUUCUCUGGAAACACCUUUGGGUCUGCAAACCAAUCAAAUUCUCAAACAUUUUCCAGUUGGAGAAGCUAGUUUUUGUCUUUUAAACCACCUUGAGCUACUGUAGAUGCCACUGCGACAUUUCUUCUUCUUCACUUAAAGCUCUCUGGGCCAUACAUUGGGAGAAGCGCAAGGCUGCAUUGUGUUUGGGUUGGCUGCUCAUAGAGCAGACACAUGUUAUAACUUUUUGUGAUCUUAAUAUUUUCUUGGACACAGUUGAAUCAAGUUUUGACAUGUUUACAAGUAAAGAGUGUAUGGUUGUCUUCAUUGUCACAAUAUACACACAUCAAGGGUUGUUGCCUUACAAGUACAAUUUUUGCACUUUGAAAACAUGACUUAAAAAAAACCCCUGAGCUUUACUUUCACUCUUUAACUUUGUAAAGCUGUUAAAACAACAUCCAGUCUACUUUUACGUUGCUGCCAAUGCAGACUUUGACAGAUUAGGUAUGUGUGAAAAAUGCAAAACUUGGAGGUGUGUAUUUAAUAGCAAAAACUGAUUUUAAAUUUUGACUUGUUGAAAUAAGACGUUAAAAAAAAUUGUUUUUUGUUUUGUUUUCCCCCCCACUAAAUCCAUCCCUCGGAUGUGUAUUUUUACAUGGAAAACUAAGAAUAAACCAAAUAUUUCAAGUUUUUUUGUCUACGCUUAAUGUGAGCACUGGUAAUAAUUUGUCUUGCUCUGUUUUCCCAUGAAAAUAACUGUAGCUGCCUGGAUAGAAAUCUUUGAUGUAAGGUGGUUUCAGUGCCAUUGCUAAAGGUGUGUAAAAUCGAGCACCGGUCCAUGCAGCCUGCCUUUUACAAGGAUUUGUGAAAGAAUGUGUGGCUCUUAGGAGCGUGGUGCUGUAAUAGGAUUCCUUUAUUUUAGGCCCUCCUUGAUAUUCCGCGAUAUUCGACUUCAAGUACUAUUGUUACAAAGUAGAAUCGUUAAGGAGCUACAGAACCCAACCAUGAAGUGGCAGACUACAUAAACUUACUGAUUGGAGUCACAGAAUAUCUAAAAGUUGCAGCGCUUUGCUGACUCAAUCUUCUGACAUUAACAUCGGCACAAAGACUCCACCAGUAGCUUAAUGGCAUGCGUUUCCAUGGAUGAGCAUCUUCUGUAGGAGUAAUGUACAGGUGGCCCAUUACUUGUCUACAAAUUGUAAUAUGAUUAUAACUGAGAGGAACUUUCCACUCUCGUGCCAUAAGUAUAAAAACAGGCAUCAUCUGAACAUCAGUCUCUCUGCUCAGUGACAUUCAUUGAAAUACACUGACCACAAUAUAAUUGUGAGGAGAAAACAUAAAGCUACACUUUAACACGAGUGGGUGGCAUGAAGAACAACAUUAAUUAGUGAACCAUGAUAUGUACCUUAUUUUCUUCUUUGCUUCUGGAAGGAUUCCACAUACAGGAGCUGAAGGUGGCUGUGGGCAAAUGUUGAGGGAGGUCUGUGGCUUGUAUCAGAGCCCUGAUGUUUGUGGCAUGUGGCCCCAGGAAGCAGAGUUACAUUGUUAGCUUAUGGCUGUGGAGGAUGUCACUGUCACUCUGUCAGCCCUUAUCUUGCAUCUCUCUGCAAACGGAUGGCAGAAGUCCUGGUGGGCCUGAAGUGGCAUGGGAAUGUCAGGGUCAUGGCAUGUGGCCUGUAAUAGACACCUGCUAAAAAAGAAAAGCCCAUAUUCUGUCCUCAAUAGAUUAAAAAGAGCAGGCUGGAGCCUUUGAUGGCUUUGGCAUCCACAAGUGAAGAAUAAGUAGCUAUAAAUGGAUUUUAUAUGCAAGUAAUUGGUUAAUGAACAAUUGAACAAUGAAGAUCCAAAGAAAAUAUUCAGCAAUUACAAUUUUAUUUUGAAGAAGAAUUCGAUUAUCAGCAUUACAUACAUGAUCGCACCGAAGCCUCUUUGACAUCUCAGGUAAAGAUUGAUAGUUGGACACGAUGGCAGAUUACAGCAGCACACGGGCUGUUGCAGAGCCUGAAGUCUGUAAUGCUUUCAGCUAAACCGGAUGAGCUUAUGAGAUUUUCAGCACCCACUCCACAACUGGCCUCAAUGAAAGCAUUAAAAGAGGAGCCUUUAUUGUAAUUAUUAUUAUUUUACCACAUGCCUAGCCGAAAUACUCAGAGGUAGUGUCUAAUGUCAUUGUUCCUGGGGAUAAGGAGGGCAGGAGAGUCUCACACUCGGGAGGUUGGCAGCUGUCUUCAUGGAAUCCGGAUAAAAAUAGUUUAGUCCAAACCAAACACCCACCCAUCCCUCCCCCAGCCCCACCCUCAUUCUCUGUUGUCUCCCAGCCCAACCCCCCAUUCAGUGAUGAUUAGCAGCUCCUGAGCACACAUUCAUCAUUGCUGCAUGAGCCUCGGUGUGUGCUCGUUCGAGUCUUUAGGCAUAUCUAUGAACAGAGUGCUAUUUCUACAGUAAAUGCUGCUGAUUUCGGUCACUAAAGUGGCCCAAGUUGUGCAUAUUUUAGCAGCUAGCCUGUUUUGAGUCCCUGUUUUGCAAGGUUAGGGUUAACCAAGGCUUUUGUGAGCAGCAUCUCUACUGAAGGAGAAUGCACAAUAUGCCCUAAUGGGUAAUUGUGUUUCUGCAGAUAAUCCAAUAAUCCACUAACAGACAACAGAGACCUCACUUCCUAUUUCUCCUGCCUUCUGCAUGCUUGCUGACUUUGUGGUGCACAAUGGAUUUAUUCCUUAACUAUGCUUUUGUGAAAUUGUGAAAUAUUUCAGUAUUUAACAGAGAAACAAUCAAAAACAGACCACUUGGACCAUAUUCAUUAUGUUAUGUUAAAGGGGAUCUGUCUGUAACGGCUGUCAUCAACGGUUCGCAGUGUUGGUGUGUUAGUCUGACAUUUUGUUCCACACUAAAAUAUCUUGACAGCUAUCCAAUGAACAGCCGUGAAGUAGGGCACAGAUAUCGAUAGUACUUUGAAGGGAUUCAAUCCAUUCCAAUCUCUGUGGUGAUUCCUUGGUAUUUUCUCCUGUGCCAGCAGUGACAUAAACAUUUUCAUCCAUAGAUCAGUGCCAAAUUUUUUACAGACAUUUAGGAUUUCAAGAUAAAUCAAUUCAAGUGAAAUCUCAUAAUAAUUAUUGGAUAUUUUUUAAAAAAAAAUGCAUUUUAGGCAUGUAGACAUGGUCAAGGGUAGUGUGCCUAAGUUCAAACUGCAUCAGAAAGGUUGAAGAAAAGUGAUUAAAGUCACUUUGAAUGUGACUUGAAAUGAUUGGUGCCACAGGUCUGACUACUUUAGAAGUUGUGUGUGUGAAAAUGACAGUAGAGUAGCAAUCUGCAGGGUUUACAGACUGGUUUUAAAAAGAGGAAACAUCCAAAAACCAACAACAUUGCAUAAAACUGCCUUACUGAUGCCAGAGAUCAGAAAAGAAUGCCCAGACUGCUUUCUGCUGGAACAUUCAGAUGGUCAGUUCAGAAUUUGGUGUAAACAACAUGAAACAUUAGUACCAGUUCAUCAUUAUUUAAGUGCUUCAGCCUAUGUGAGUAAUGCUGCUGACCAUGCCCAUUCUUUUACAGACACAGUGUGCCUAUCUUCUGAUGGCUGCUUUAAGCACAAAGCUCAAAUCAUUUCAAAGUAGCUUUGUGUAGAUGGUAAGUUCGCUGUACUCACAUGGUCUCGACAAUAACCAGAUCUCAAUCCAACAGAGCACCUUUGGGAUGUGGUGAAUCGGUUAGAUUCGGAUCAUGGAUAUUUACCUGACAAAUCGGCAUUAUGUUAUCGCGCCAGUAUGGAUCCAAAUCCCAAGAAAUGUUCCCAGCACCUUGUUUAAUCUGUGCCUUAAAGAAUUGAGGCAGAUAUAAAGGCAAAAAGGAGCCCAACCCAAUAAUAGGAAGAUGUAGUCUGUGUAGGGGUGUGGGUUCUGAAACUCUGCACAUCUCUCUUGUAUACUCAGGAACUGCUAUCUUGUACUCCAGGGUUUACUAUUUGUAUUAAUAGAUUGGAUCUUUUUUUUUUGUGUGUACACCCACUGGUACUCUUAUACUUAUGAGGUGGGAGUGUAUGUUCCAUAUUGUCUUAUGUUCUUCAAAAAGAAAACGGCAUAUUGUUCAAUUUGUCUUUUGUAAAAGUGGAUGCAGAAAAUUUAAUAAAAAUAUCUAGGGGGAAAAAAUAAUGGUAAAUGGCCUGUAUUUGUAUAGCGCCUUUCUAGUCCCUAAGGACCCCAAAGCGCUUUACACAUCCAGUCAUCCACCCAUUCACGCACACAUUCACACACUGGUGAUGGCAAGCUACAGCGUAGCCACAGCCACCCUGGGGCGCACUGACAGAGGCGCCUAAUAGGAAGAUGUACCUAAAGAAAUGGCCUGUGAUUCUAUAAAACCUUAAACUUUGUAAGUUAUUAGUUAAAAAUGUCACAUCCUGAUGCCUUAGUUUGUGACUAAAUGUCUGAAGAUGAUACAAUUAUAUUUGUACAUGUAACAAUUUUUCAUUUAAAUCUUGAAGCCAGACGGACUCAACAGGGCAUGGUUACUGUUACUGACAAGGGACUUUGUAAAACCAAAAUAAAGACUUUUUCUGAAAUCAAAUCAACCUGUGACUAAAAACUGAAGAAAAGACAGCAUUCUGUCAGAGAUGCCUAAAGCCAGAAUUCUCCCGCUAGCGAAAUAAGUUGGUGAAUAUAAGCACUAAAACUUGUUGAAAAGUGCAAACUCUCAAAGCUGCCAGCGUGACUGCAGGCUCUUGGUCUUGUUUAGCAGCUUUUUCUGCUUAUAGCUGAAAGUUGUCUCAUUCUUUACCUAAAUAAGUCUUGCAGUCAUUGAUGUAGACUGCAAGAAUGAUUAAGCGUUUUUUAAAAGCAUCUCACUGGUACAAGCUCAGCUUUUACUUCAUACUCUGAUUAUAUUAGAUAUUUUCAUUUUUUCUUGAAUGUUGUCACAGUUAAAUAGUUUGAAGCGUCGGUGUGUGGAGCCAACUUGUACACCACUGAACACUCUACUCUUUGUUUCACUCUCAUCACCUCCAGAUGUUUUUGUCCUGCAGUUGCGGCAGAAAGCAAUGGUCGCUUUAUGCCUAUUUCUUAAAUGCUAACAACCGCUUUGAGCACUGUAGCAGCACACCGAUGAACAGAAUGAGUGAUAAACAAUAUCUGAGCCCCCCCCAACCUCUCAGGGUUUAUCUCUUUUUGUUUUUAUUACUUCCCUACUUCAGCUCCAAAUCUCCUCUCCUUUUUCCCCUUCUCUGUCUUUAACUCAUUCGCAGGGAUUAUGCAAGGCCUGUGUCAUCGCUUAAUCGCUUAUCUUGAUACUUCAAAGGAUUUUUUUUCCUUUUUUUUUUUUUAAAUUCUCCAAGUUUUAAAUUCAUGCAAAUUUCACUUAGUCUUCCAAGUACAUGCAAAGUAUUCAGGCCAGCGCCUUAGCCGAAAAGAUCAGUAACAUGUGAAACCACAAUUUCAACACUUACACUGCAUGUGAGUGGAUUAGUGAGGAAAGGCUUUAAGCUCUUACCUAAUAGACAUGAUCGUGGAUGUCCAGUGUUGCAUCAGAUGUUAGAGGCACUCAGGUUUUUCAGAAAGGCCAAAAGGCUUGUAACGGCUACUUAUGACAGCUGCUGCAGUGAAGCUUUCUGGUGUUCCCCUUUAAACAUCAUUUUGACCUCACCGGUUUUAAUAUAUGAAUGUUUUAGAAAUAUCCACCAAAAAGUAUUCUUUAUCUUUGGGUCUUUCUCACCGUCUUUUUAAAAAUCCUAAAUAGAAUCUUAAGAUAUUUUGAGGAGCCACUGCAAGUGAUCUGGUGUUACAGGAAUUUUUAUUUGGAGCAUAUGUAUGGAUCUAUCAAAAUAUGACCUUCUCAACACCUUUAUUGAAGUGUAUCACAUGAAGACAGGAGAUUUUUUUUUUUGGUGAACUGGAUCCUCAUCAGAUCAGCAGACAUUACAAAUUCAUCUUCGAAGAGUCUAGAGUUCACCAUUUCACAGUCAGAGAUCCAAAAAAAGAAACCUGAAGACCAUUGUUACUCUCCCUGGGCACCCAAAAUUACUUCAGAUUACUCCAAGACAAGAAUGUCAAUCACUUUACAUCUUUACUUUUACACAUUUACUUUUAUGUGAAAAGCUUAACUACACAUUUAGUCGGUGAGAGAUCUUCAUCUAAGAGCAAUUUCAGCAGCAUGUCUCCGUUUUUCUACAUGAUAAAGAUGAAAGAAACCUGUCAGCAUGACUCUUUGGGCUUAAAUUGUAAGACAUAAAUGUGUAAAAUUAUCGAAAUCAAUAAUUUAAUGACUUUAGUUUAUUAUGAAUGGACAUGGGGGAGGUCCUUAUCAGCAGGAAAAGCUGUAAAACCUGUGAAGAUACAGUUAAAAGUCAAAAAAUGAUGUCUUCCUUCCCCUUUUGUCUAAAGCCACCCAAUAACCAAGAUUAGUCUUUGCCGGGCCAAUACCGGCUCAUGGAUCUUAUGUUUGGCACACCCACUUCAAGAGGAAGGUGUGUAGAUCUCAAAGAAAACCAG